AUGAAAGUUUCUAUUUUUGCUCUCCUCGUCCUUCUAGUUUUAUGUGCUUUCACUACAGUCACUUAAGCUGCUGAAUAAAAACCCAAAACAAUUAAGUUAUACCGUCAAGUUGAAUUUGAAGUAAAAUGUCUUAUUGGAGAAGAAGGUUGUGAUUGUUGGGAUUGCACAAAAGUUAAAGAAUGCAAAUACACAUGUUGA